AAAAACAGCAUUAACACAAAUAAACCAGACAACAUUUUUUGUCUCGUUAUUCUCCGGUUCCUCGCAGGUACCACCAAUUCCAUAUAUCUGCGUGUAAAUACUCCAACUUGUCCCAAUUCACACAUUUACCUCGCAAUUCUCCGAUGCGUUACACCUUUGUCCACCGAUUCUUCUUUAACUUUCUUCCCUUUUUCACCCAAUUCAACUAAAUUUUCUGCUAUCUAUAUUCCCAGAUGCUUCUGAUAACACAUUUGGCCAGAUAAAUAACAUCAAAUAGUGGUUUCUGGGCUAUCUGGAGUUGUUUUCUUUUCAAAUGUUGGAUGUCUAAGAGAUGAUUGAAGUUAAUUGGGAAUUGAGAUAAGUAAAGUCAGAUUUUUCUUGGUGAACGGACAUGCAGAAGUAGUCUGCACUCAACUUCCAAGCUCUCCACUAGAACAAAAGCAAAGAUUAUACUGUCAUAAAACGUUUGCAGACUUAUUUUGAUGGGUGCUCCUAAGCAGAAAUGGACUGCAGAGGAAGAAGCAGCGUUGAAAGCUGGAGUAGUCAAACAUGGGGCUGGAAAAUGGCGCACCAUACUUACAGACCCAGAGUUCAGUUCUAUUUUGCGCAUGCGGUCAAAUGUAGAUCUCAAGGACAAAUGGAGGAACAUAAAUGUGACAGCAAUAUGGGGAUCUAGGCAGAAGGCAAAGCUUGCUCUUAAAAAAAACCUACUACCAUCCCCCAAAAUUGACCAUAACCACAUGGCCUUGAGUACUGUAGUUCAGCGUGACAAAGAAGUUGCAGAUCCCAAGCCUCUGGCAGUUUCUAGUGGGACAUCUCCUAAUUCAAAGGAAAAAACAUCAAAGCUACAGAACUUCCAGUUGGAUAAUCUUAUAUUGGAGUCCAUUAUCAAGUUGAAGGAGCCAAGGGGUUCUGACAAGGCAGCAAUUGCUGCAUAUAUAGAGGAUCAAUACUGUUCUACACCGACCCUCAGAAAGUUACUGUCAACAAAACUGAAGCACAUGGUGGCCUGUGGAAAAUUAAUGAAGGUCAAGCACAAGUACAGGAUUGCAACAAAUUUAACAAUAUCUGAGAAAAGAAGAUGCUCUUCCUUGGUACUCCUGGAAGGGAGGCCCAAAGAUUCUCCAAAAGCAGAGAAGACUGGUGUCCACAUCCUUUCAAAAUCCGAAAUUGAUGCAGAGCUAUCAAAAAUGAAGGGUGUGACACCUCAAGAGGCGGCAGCGGCAGCUGCGAAAGCAGUUGCAGAGGCAGAAGCUGCCAUUGCCGAGGCUGAGGCAGCAGCUAGGGAGGCAGAUGCUGCAGAAGCUGAGGCAGAGGCUGCACGAGUGUUUGCGAAAGCAGCAAUGAAGGCACUAAAAUGCAAGACACUUCGUGUUUGCUCUAUUUCACCAUUUCCUAUUGCCUAUCCAAUUGUUCCAGAAUAACAUGUGACAAGAUCUUCUUGUUAAAUAUUUUUUCUCUUUUAUGACUUAGUUUCUAAUUGCUAGAGAUCCCAACCUUCGUCAUAAUAUUUGCCAACCAAAACCCUGUCUCGUAAAAAGACCUCAGUUUUGUCAAUUAAUGUGGGUGAAAGGUUUUCUCUAAGCUUUAAUUAGUGCCACAUUAUUCUUGUUCCUCCAGAGAUUGGUUUCUGUCAGUUCUUUUAGCUAACCGUUUUAU